UCCGGAAGACAUACCAAAUUGGUAACAGCACAUCGGCCGAGGAGGAUAGGAUGUAUGUUCUCUUCCACGGGGCCAAAUCCGGAAGACGUACCAAAUUGGUAACAGCACAUCGGCCGAGGAGGAUAGGAUGUAUGUUCUCUUCCACGGGGAUGACCUUAAGCUCAACACUCCCCCAGUUUUCGAGGGGGCGUUGCGAGGGGAUGAUGUUGCCGCCUUGGGAAAGAAGCAGAAGUGCACACCUUUCCAUAUUGUCGAAACACCAUUCACGCCCACGACGUUCCAAUCUGCAGGUGUGCUCUACCAGAAGGGCUUAGUGUAUAAGGAAAUGGAGCGCAACCCCACUUUGUUGUACAAUCUGAUGAAGUUUUUCUGCCCAACCGAGAAUGCAGUUAUGUUCCUCGGGAAGGCUCACGCCCAAGUUGUGUGGAACCUUCUCAGGAGUGGGCGCCACGUGGUUGCAGUGGAGGGGGACACAAAGCUCCUCAACUUUCUGAAUACAUACGUCAUGCAUGUGAUCGACACUGGAGUUCACAACUGCGAACUGUACACUGGGCAGAGCGCAAUGGACCAUGACCCCAACAAGAACUUCUGGUUCAAUCUCUCAUCGGACAAACGGGCGAAGCGCUACAAGUUCUUGUUCCUCGACACUCGUCCUACGUACCGGACAAAGGACGACUACAAGGCACGCCGACACGUUGCGAUCGAAACGUUGGCUGGUUACCAUGGCGGGUCUAGGGAGGCAGCGGCCAAGUUCGUCGAGAAACUGGAGGAGUGUUAUUUCAACCAAGGCAAGCCCGAAGUCACUCUCAAUAUUUUCAGGGCGCACUUCACCGAGGAGGAGGACUUUAACCCCAAUGACGAUGAAGAGGUCAGCGAAGGUAAUGAGGAGUUCGAUUUAGAUGCAACAUACCGUAAGCAUGUUGUCGCUGUAGCGUCGUCGUCAACUCCUGCAAGUUCCCAAUGCAUGCACGAUGAGGUCGUCAAGCAUGUUGCGGAGAUCAACGGUCGAGAAGUGCACGAUUUGGUUGUUCGCAUGUACGGAGAGCAAAUAUUCGAGAUUUUGCGGGAGCACAAUAUGUUGGAGCUCCUUCGUGAAUUUUACGACCUCGAAACGAGCCCGGGUCUUCAAGCGCGAAUACAGUGGGUAAUUCCAUCAGGAGGGGGUGAAGGUGGCGGACGGGGAGGGGGUGGAAGCGGCGGUGGUGGAGGCGGUGACCAUGGCAUGGGUUGGGGUGGAGGUGACCAGCACAUGGGGGGGGGAGGAGUGGGGGGAAAACACGGCACAGGAGCAGGAGGCCAUGACAGUACACAAGCGGGCGGAAAAAGUGGAUAUCCACGGAGUUCUGUCGGAACCAUCCCGCCUGGAAUGGGUGCUCGUCUGCACAGUAGCGUUAGUGCAGUAGAAGGGGCGAGCUCACAAUCUAGUGCAGGUUCUCGGCUUGCUCAACCGACUGAUGAAGUAUUCUUCAGUGGAGGAUCUAUCCUCCCCACAGUCGUAGCCGAAGUUUCGACAAUGUCCAAAUCGAUCCCUGUCGGGAACAUACCAUGCACAGUUUCUGCGGGAUCCAAUUUCCCGUGCGCUUUGGAACCGGCGGUAGUUGGAUCCGUGAAUGUUGUGGAGUCCGAACAGAGGAUGGAUGUGGACGUGGGCUGCCUUUCCACCGGUGGCGAAUCUAUCCGCUCCGUAGAGUUGCUCCCUAAGUCGCAAGUCGCCCAUGCGGAGACUGUGGACAAAGGAUCUUUCCGACCCACAACAGAUUGUGCAGCUGAUGUGUCGUCGACGAGCUCUACCGCUAUAUGUGGGGAAAUGCCAGUACGAAGCCAUUCGCACCGCUUUCGGCUGGAAACGUCCUUGCUAGCCAGUCAACUCAGAUGUUGGUCAUGCGGCCCUUCACCUACACUUGCGCCAGGUCGGUGUGCGGAGGAGAGAAAAGUUAGCGUGUCGGAACAGGAAAAGGGAGUUAUCCAUCGUUCGCUAGGCAAUGACAUCGUCAGAAAGCUCUUCAAUGACUACGAAGACCUUACAGUGGUCGAUUCUAGUCCACGCAAGGCCUCGGGAGGUAGGAUGGCUCUAGAAGAACUGUCUCUCAAUGAGGAUGUCGAGAAACCGCGCGUCGACUCUCUUGAUCCCUCUGCUGAGGAGGUUCUUCGAAUCGUCGAUGCUGACAUCAAGGGCUUGUCCAAGUUUCCCGCGAGUCUGGACCACAUUGUUGCAUCGGGGAAGAUGAAAGUCGGAGGUGGCACGAAUUGGAGAUCACAAGGCCGAGGAUGCUGCUGAACAUGCUGGAGAAGACGUUGUGGCUGGUAAGCAGUGACUUGCGUUGCUUAACUCUAGGUCUAUCUAGUGCAGAACGU